AUAUGUGAAGCCCCCUGCAAGAGCAGAUAGGGAUUUGGAGCUGAGACCCCCCGGCAGAUGUCUGUGCUUCUCCCCCUUCAGUGUGUCUGUCUCUGCCCGGAUUCCUGCUUUGUAACAGACCCAGCCGAGGGUGCUGGGAUCAAACACAGCCAAAGAGCAACAAUAAAUAAAAAAACAACAACUCAAUAGCUGUCGGGGCCAGAGAUAAAAUAAAGGCAGACAAUAGGGCGGACAGACAGCUCGACAGCCCGGUUCCUUUGUUGUUCCGAGGUUGGGGUGGGGUGGCCACGGGAGACGUCACUUCGCGAAGAAAACUUCUUGCACCUAUUAAGCAACCGGUGCCCCGAGUAAGAGGCGGCAGGAGCUCUGCGGCUGGCCUGUGACUGCCAUGGAAAGCGCAGCCCACGGGAAACUCGGCUCACUACUGCACGUGUAACCCUACACUUCAACCACGUAAACACUUAGCUAUUCAAUCAUGCAAUCCAGUGAUCACCGAGGGGGGUCACGUCUCUUUCUCCAACCUCAAAAUGGCAGCAGUCUCCGAUCCCCGGGCUACGUCCCCGGAAGAAUUGUUCCACUACGUCCUCCACCACCUCCAAAGACUCCAGCAUCAGCCAAAUUUGAUUCCACGGGGCAGGAGGUACAUGCAACGUUUGGGUUUUCUUCAGACGCACAGGCCCAUCACGCACAGUUACUUCGCAGGAAAAGGCACAAAAACACCCUCAUAUGCUUUGCUGUUUUUAGCCUUACAUUUUUUAUCAUCCUUGCAAUUGUUUUAGGAGUUUCAUCACGCUAUGCUCCUGAUGAAAACUGCCCGGAUCAAAAUUACUUCCUUAGCAAUUGGAAUCCUGGUCAUGACCCAACAAAAAAAGUAGUAAUUAAGAAGGGAGACCUUUUUCGUUUGCAGUCAGAUGCGACUGUACACUCUAUAACAAUUCAGGAUGGAGGUCUGCUAGUCUUUGAGGACAACACAGAUGGUUCCAAAAAUAUCACUUUGAGGACUCGUUUUAUCCUAAUAAAGGAUGGUGGAGCGCUUCAUAUUGGAGCAGAGAAAUGUCGUUACAAAUCCAAAGCAAAUAUUAUUUUAUAUGGUAAAUCAGAUGAAGGCGACAGUGUGCCAAUAUUUGGCAAGAAGUUUAUUGGGGUUUCAGCAGGUGGUACACUGGAAUUACACGGAUCUUCAAAGUUAUCCUGGACAUUGCUGGCAAAAUCUUUGAAUUCCUCGGGCCUGGCUUCAGGAUCUUACAGUUUUGAGCGUACCUUUCAUAGAGGUCUGAAUGUAAGAGUUGUUGACCAGGAUACGGCACAAGUAUUAGAAAUGGAAAGGUUUGAUACCUAUGAAUCACAAAAUGAGAGCAAGAGAUUUCAAGAUUUCCUUAAAGCCCUGAAGCCAGGCAGGAUCGUUGCCAUUGCAGUCGGGGACUCUGUUGAGAAAAAUCUUUUGGAGGAAACACGAAUGACUAUUCAGAUGCUUCUUGGUAGCAAGCUAAUCAAAGGAUUGCGCUAUAGGCAGCCCUGGGCUUUUGUUGGUGUAAUCGAUGGAGGCAACACUUCCUAUAGCGAGGCUGUCAGGGAUUAUGAAAAUCAUAGUUCUGGGGGUAAGGCAUUGGCAGUGAAAGAAUUCUACACCCUCGACGGGCAAAAGUUUGCUGUAAAAGCCUACAGUGAAUGGAAAGAAGGUAAAUCAAUUUGUGGAUUUGUCGUGGAGGCUGUGGGAGGUAUUCUGUUGGAUGUCGUGGAAGAUGUUAGCACUUGGCAACCUGGAGACCAAAUUGUGGUUUCAAGCACAGAUUACUCUAUGUACCAGGCCGAAGAAUUUACAAUCCUUCCUUGUCCAGAAUGCACCAAAUAUCAAGUCAAAAUUAAAGAAAAACCUCUGUACUUCCAUAUGGGAGAAAUUAUUGAUGGAAUUGACAUGAGAGCUGAGGUUGGAGUCCUUACAAGGAACAUCUUUAUUCAAGGAGAAAUGGAGAACGCAUGCUAUGCAAACAACCAAUGCCAGUACUUUGGUUAUGACACAUUCGGAGGCCAUAUUAAGAUCCUACGGAACUUCACUUCUGUUCAUCUCUCUAAUGUGGAAUUAAAACACAUGGGCCAGCAGAUAAUGGGUCGCUACCCUAUUCACUUUCACCUGUGCGGUGAUGUAGAUGAAGUAGGUGGCUACAGUUCAGCAACCUAUGUUGAUGGAGUCUCAAUUCAUCACAGCUUCUCCCGAUGCGUCACUGUCCAUGCAACAAAUGGCUUGCUGAUCAAAGAUACGAUUGGUUAUGAUGCUCUGGGCCAUUGUUUCUUCCUGGAAGAUGGGAUUGAACAAAGAAACACGCUGUAUCACAACCUUGGACUGGUUACCAAACCAGGCACGCUAUUACCCACUGAUCGAAAUAACACCAUGUGUGUAAGCAUAAGGGACAAAGUAUAUGGCAACUAUAUCCCCAAUCCAUCCACUGACUGCAUGGCAGUCUCAACAUUUUGGAUUGCAAAUCCCCAAAAUAACCUUAUAAACAAUGCAGCUGCUGGCUCUCAGGAUACUGGGAUAUGGUAUGUAUUUCACAAGAUGUCAACUGGAGACUCCCAUGGGCUGUAUCUAGAUACCAAAGCUGAGCUCACACCUCUGGGCGUUUUUUACAACAACAGAGCGCAUUCUAAUUUUAAGGCUGGCUUAUUUAUCGACAAAGGUGUAAAAACCACACAAGCUAGUGCUGAUGACCCCAGAGAGUAUCUGUGCCUGAACAACAAUGCCAGAUUUCGUCCUCAUGUGGAUGCUGAUCCUAGAAAGCCACGGGUGGCAGCUUUAAUAGACCGACUUAUUGCCUUUAAAAACAAUGACCAUGGUGCUUGGGUGCGAGGAGGCGAUAUUAUUAUACAAAACUCUGGAUUUUCAGAUAACGGAAUUGGGUUGACAUUUGCUAGCGAUGGAAGCUUCCCUAAAGAUGAAGGCUCCAGUCAGGAAGUAUCUGAAUCUCUGUUUAUUGGUGAAAGCCGAAAUUAUGGAUUUUUAGGAGGCCAAAACAAAUACUGGGGAACUGGAGGAGUGGAGAAUAAAACACGCACUCUGCCAAGAAACAGGACAUUUCCAAUUAGGGGAUUUCAGAUUUAUGAUGGACCAGUUCGCCUUACAAAAAGCACAUUUAAAAACUUUGUACCCACACCUGACCGCGUCACCAGUGCCAUUGGCUUCUUACUGAAAAACCCCUGGCAACUCACUCCCAGGAACAAUGUGUCUUUUCUUAAAUUUGGGGCAAAUGUUUCUCUAAGAGCAUUCUUUGGCCAGCCUGGUCCUUGGUUUGAAGAUGGAGAUCUGGAUGGCGAUAAAAAUUCUAUUUUUCAUGACGUGGAUGGCUCUGUAUCAGGUUAUAAUGACACUUACGUCGCUAGAGCGGACAAUUAUCUUGUCAGGCAUCCCAAUUGCGUGAACACAACAGAAUGGAAUGGAGUCAUUUGUAGUGGCACGUAUGCACAGGUAUAUGUGCAGACAUGGAACCCACAGAACCUCACUAUGAGCAUCACAAGGGAUGAAUAUCCAUCUAGACCAAUGACCCUUAGAGGAAUUAACCAGAAAGCUGCUUACCAACAAUAUCAGCCUGUGGUGAUGUUGCAAAAAGGAUACACUGUCCACUGGAAUGGACAGGCUCCGCAAACUACCUACUUUUACCUUGUAAACUUUGAUAAAGGUGACUGGAUUAGAAUUGGUCUCUGCUAUCCAGGAGAUACCACCUUCCAGGUAAAAUCACAUCUUGUUAAAAAUCAAACAUUUCCUGUGGAUGAAUACCAAGCUGUGCCCACCAUAGGAGAACUGGAGAAGAACCGAUCGGCUGCAAGAUUCUAUUUUGACAAUAGUACAGGUAUGCUCUUCCUCUUUCUUCAAGCCAAAUAUGGUAGGGAAGGCCACAGCUAUUGCUCAACUCAGGGCUGCGAAAGGGUAAUGAUUCAAGCUACAGUUCGAUCCAAAGCUCCAAGCAACUGUAUGGCCAAAGCAUACCCAAAAUACGCCAAAGCACCCACUGCGACCAAGCCAAUGCCUGCUAGGACAGCUGAACCUUGUGAUAACUGUGGAGCUUCUCCGAUGGUGUUCACCAGCGACCCUCAUAAUGUCUACCUCCCUGUGCAGCUUCAGUCGCUUAGCAAGAAAGAAAUCCAGCAAGGGGCCACAGAAUCGUUCAUUUCCGUUAAUGACACUAAAUUUUCAUUCCAAAACGAGGGGUUAUUCCUUGUCGUCGUCGACGCUUGCACUGGAACGGUGAAAGACAGCCUGUUUUUUUCACAAGAAGACAUUGAGCCAUUGGAAACUCAUUUAAGAAAUAAAAUCCCGAAGAGGUCAAUCGUUUUGUUAGCUUCAAGAGGAUACAUCACGCAUUUUGGUAGAAUUCCAGAAGAAUUACGAAUUCUAGGGACAGCUAAGGCACCAGAUCUACAAAAUAAAGAGAGCAUUGCGUUCUCAGGGUACAAGGGGAGCUUUAAACCAUCAUGGACAAAGCUGUUCACCAGUUCUGCUGGCCAGGGACUGGGACUACUAGAGAGAUAUAUCCCUUUGCAGCUUGCAGACUAUGAGUGCAGCAGAUCCGGCACAAGGAGAAGAAAAGAUGUGGACCUAUUAAAGAAAGCUUUAAAGAUGCAUUAGAUAACUGUAUGCCUCACACGGAGUAAAAGGAAAAUGUGAACUAAAUUAUUUAAUUUAUGGCGAUUAUACUGAUAUCCAGCGGGAGCCCUUUAUUGGUUAUUACAGCAGUGGGUAUAAAAUCCAAGCCCUAAUGCCAAUGCACCUUUUAGUUGUAUAAAAUCAUGAAUGAAUUUAUUACUGUUUUGUAAAGAUAGGUUAUGCAGAUGAUAUGGGUGUUUUUGUGGUUUGUUUUCAUAUGUGCUGUUAACUGUAUUUUUUUAUACUUUUGUAUUACUGGUAUUGUAUGGUGUUUUUCUCUUUUUUUUUUUGUUAUUUUGUGGAUCAGACUGGAAGUUAACAGGAGUUUUUUUGCACCAUGAUUUACUUGAAAGAGGUUUAACAUUAAAAUCUUUCUACAUGGUUGAA